AUGUCUGCAGUUCAAGAAAGCGCUCCAAACAAGGAUGAGCAUGUAGAGGGAGAAGAAAAUAGAGAAGAAGAAGCUGAUAGAGAAGGCUCAGACGCCGAAAUAGACGGUGGAGAGGAUGGAGAUGGACAAGCUAAAUAAGAAUAUAUAAAGAAAGAGUUUGUUGCUAGAUCAUAUAUUUCACCUUAUGGCACUGAUUAAGAGGUUAAGAAUCUCAUUGUAAAGAAUUCAAGGCCAUUAAUGAAAAUAAGAGUAUCAAGACCAAGAAGAGAAUUCGGUCAUGAAGGCUUCAGUUAUAUUGAAAGAGAUGCUGGCGAGUCAAAUAUGGAAAUUAAAGUCACAAAGACUGGAUAUUUUACUAAAAAGAAGGUCCUUGAAAUAGGUCUGCAAGCAGCAAACUAAAUCAAGCGUUUCCAAUCAUAGACAUACUACAACCGUAUGGUAAAUGCUAUCGUUCAAUAUGAUCCUAAGGAUUUCAUCUCAGAAAUGCAAAAAAUGUCAUAAUAGGAUCAGGCAAUCAGUGAGAAACUUGAUAAGUUUGUCGACCGCGUAGCUUAUAGAAUCGAGGAAGCUUUACAGUCUAAUGAAUUAAUCAAUGUGUUCUAGGAUGAUUUUGAAAUGCUAGGCGAUGAAGAGGCUGCUCAAGCUGCUAAGAUUAGCACUGUAAACAUGCUUCCAAGGACAUUCUUCGAGCAUGAUUACUGUAAAAAUAAAAGAGUUUCAUGCAUUAAGUUCCAUCCAACAAAGCCAUAUCUAGUUGCUAUGAGUAUGGUAGAGAAUUUGAGCUUUGACGACAGAUGUGAAAUUACUGGUAAAUCAUUUGAUUCUCAUGUAUUAAUCAUGAAUUUUUCUGAUGCCCACCAAGAUAACUCGAUCAACUAUAUCACUUUGAAUUAUGUCCUCGAAACCCCAAUAGAAAUCAGCACUCUUGAAUUCCAUCCAGAAAACUCCAGUGUUUUAGUUGGAGGAUGCAUCAGUGGACAGUUGAUUAUAUGGGAUCUCUCAUGCUAAGAAUCGAGAAUUUCAGCUGGCAAGAAACCAGAAGCGAUAAAAAUGCCAGACGAAGAGGAAGACAAGACACAAUAAACUAUUGUAAAACUUAAGUAGCUGUCCCUUUCCAGCAUAGUUCUCUCUCAUAAAAAUUAUGUCGCUGAUGUAUAAUUUAUACCAUCACAAGUAAAAGUUGACAGAAAAAAUCCACCGGCUGAAGGAAGAAUGGUUCAUUUUAUAUCUGUAUCAGAAGACGGUCUUGUAUGUAUUUGGGAUACUAGGCCAGUUGAGAAGGAAAAUCUGAGAGUGAUAACUGAUUUCAUCUGGAAGCCAUUCAUGUAAAUAAACUUGUUUAGAUAAGACGGUUCUGGAGAGCUUGGUCUAUCAAGAUUAUUAUUCCAUCCUAAAUAAUCAGCAACUACAUUCUGGGCUGCCUCAGAUGAAGGAGAUUUAUUAUUAAUUGACUGGAGUGUAAAAGCAGUUGGAGGUGGUACUGAGGAAGGUUCUAAAUAUGCUGAGUAUGUGAAGCUUACCUUUGACUCUGAAAGAAACUAUCGACCUGUACUUGCGUUAGAGAGAUCCCCAUUUUUUGAGGACUUGAUUUUAACUAUCCAUGAUUUCCAUUUCUCAAUUUGGAAAACUUCAAUUGACUUUGAUCAUCCAAUCUUCAGGUCAGCAAAUACUUUCGGUUCCCAUAAUACUUGCGGUGCUUUCAGUCCAACAAGAGCUGGAGUCAUAUUCAUUACUAAGACAGACGGUAUUGAUGUAUGGGACUUUGUUGACCAAUCCAACAAACCUUCCCUUACAUUGAAUUUCGCCACUAGUGCAAUUACCUAUUUUAAGUUCUAACAUUUCAAGCAUGAAGAUAAGAAGUAAUAUAUGGCCUAUGGCGAUGAACAGGAUGGUACACUUUUCUUAUAUGAAGUACCAACCAACCUUAAAAACCCUCAAGAAAAAGAGAUAGAGAUUAUUGAGGAAUUCUGGCAGAGAGAAAUUAAUAAAUGCAAUUAUGUGAAAGACAGAAGAGUAGUUAGAAAAGAAGAAUACUAAGAAUAAUAGAAAAUUGAAGAAAUAAAGAGAGCAAUGGAGGAGUAGUAAAAGGAGCAGUUGGAUGAUGUUGAAUAAUAGAAAGAGAUGGAACAGGAAGUUUAGUAUCAAGAACUUCUGAUGAAAUAUAAGGUAGAAUUCGGUUUAAUGUCUCAAGAGGAGCUUGAAAAUUGGAAGAAAUCACAAAAGAAGAAAUGA